GUCCAGUUUGCUGAGAUGUCUGCAGACGCAGCCAAGUCCCACCCACUGGUACAGGCACUGGUUCACCUCACUGCAGGGGCAGCAGGCGGGGUGGCAUGUGUGGUGAGCGGGCAGCCCUUUGACACAAUCAAGGUGAAGAUGCAGACCUUCCCCACCAUGUACCGGGGUUUCUUUGACUGCUCAGUCCGGACGUACCAGCAGGAAGGGCUGCCCGGGCUGUACCAGGGCACCACUCCCGCCCUGCUUGCUAACGUGGCAGAGAACGCCGUGCUCUUCGCUUGCUAUGGCUUCUGUCAGCAGCUGGUGAGGCAGCUGUUUGGACUGAGCAGUGUGCUGGAGCUGAGUGAUCUGCAGAGUGCGCUUGCUGGCUCGUUCUCCUCUGUCUUUUCCUCUAUGGUGCUGUGCCCUGCGGAGCUAGUGAAAUGCCGCAUGCAGGCCUUACAUGAGAUGAAGGUCACCGGGCGAACAGCACUAGCCCAUCACAGCUCUACCUGGGCUACUGUGAAAAAUAUCUUUCAAUCUGAGGGCCUGCUGGGAUUUUUCCAGGGCCUGACCAGUACUUGGCUACGGGAGGUGCCUGGCUACUUCUUCUUCUUUGGUGGCUAUGAAGUCAGUAGAAGCUUUUUCACCCAGGCUGGCCAAUGCAAGGAGGAUCUGGAUUCCUGUGUGUACCACCCAGGUGUUCCCAUAUUCCAUGAUGCCCUGAAGGGCUGGUCUUGUUGCAAGAAACGAACCACAGACUUCUCAGAAUUCCUCUCCAUAAAGGGCUGCAUGAAGGGGUGUCACAGCAAUGAGAAGCCCCCCGAGCCCUUCCGGCCAGAGGAUACCUCAGACAAGCUGAAGGCCAAGCCAAGCACAGAACCCAUCGUCCAAAGCCCAAAAUCAGCUGAGAAGAUACAGCGUGAAAGGCCAAGCUCUGAUGAGCCAAGACAGCCACUGCUGAUUAAAGUGUCCAGGUCUCUGGAGCAGACCCUGGAGAAGCUGAAGCUGGCCUCCAAAAACCAAUGCCCAGAGGGAGGUUCCUUGUGCAGGGCAGAGGCCAUUCCAGAGGUCAGGACUGGCACCACCUGUAAGAACUCAGGCUGUAAGGCGAUCUACAAGGGGGCAGAGAAUGAGACAGAAGCUUGUAUUUUCCACCCCGGAAUUCCUGUCUUCCAUGAGGGUAUGAAGUACUGGAGUUGCUGUGGCAUUAAAACUACAGACUUCAGUGCGUUUCUGGAGCAAGAGGGCUGCAGCACUGGGAAACACAGCUGGCUAAAGAAGGAGGAUACGAAGUUGGUGUCUUGUCGACAAGACUGGCAUCAAACCAGCAGCCAAGUGGUGGUGACAAUUUAUGCCAAGAAUCCUCUGCCAGCACUCAGCUCUGUGACAGCCAGUCGCACUGUGAUUGAUGUCCAUAUCAUGUUCGAAGGUGACAAGGUUUUCCAGGCAAAGCUGGAUCUCUGGGGAGUCAUUGAUGUACAGAAGAGCUUUGUAAACAUGGUGCCCACAAAGGUGGAAAUCACCCUGCGAAAGGCCAGCCCCAUGACCUGGGCCAAACUGGAGCAUCUCCAGAGCAGCUCUCGGCCCAGACAAGACCAGACCGAGAAAGAUCCUGUGGAUGAUGAGGACCCCGAAGGAGUGCAAUGGGAGGAGUCAGAUGACAGCUUGAGCUGGUCAGAGGAGGCAGAUGACGAGCGGGAGGAAGGAGCAGUAAGCAAAUGACAUUCAUGUAGUGUCUUCAAAACAGAGAUUGAAGCCUCUUUCUUUCAAAGACAAGCAUGUGGGACCCCAGAACCAUCUCCAGGUGAGCAGAUUGAAUUCCUUGGAGACUGAGAGCCAGCUCUGGAUUUAAAGCUGCUAGAGACACCGCCUCCCAAGUGUAAAGAGUUCAGCUCACCUAUGUCUCUCUGGCAGUGUCUACAC